ACAGUUAGAGCUUCUGGCCAAGGAGGGUUAACAGACAUGCCUGAGGGUGUAUGUGGAGCAGUAGGGGGGGCCAAGCCAAAGGCUACAGGAAGUGAGAAAUUUGUUUAAAGUGAAGAAAGCCUGAGACAUCAACCUAUGAAGACUGUGAAGACAGUUCUGAAUAGCAGUUGUGGCUGGUGGUGCUGUCACACUUAUUCUGCAGAGCAUCUGAAAUGAACCUCUCUUAUUGAUUGUUUUUAUUGGCCUGGAGCCAGGAGUACUGGAUUCAGUUGACUUCGUAAAUGUAUGAACCAGUGUGAUGGUGAAAUGAGAUGAGGCUCCGAAAUGGAACUGUAGCCACUGUUUUAGCAUUCAUCACUUCGUUCCUUACUCUAUCUUGGUAUAGCACGUGGCAAAAUGGGAAAGAAAAACUUAUUGCUUAUCAACGAGAAUUUCUUGCUUUGAAAGAACGUCUUCGAAUAGCUGAACAUAGAAUCUCACAGCGGUCUUCUGAAUUAAGUGCCAUCGUACAGCAAUUCAGGCGUGUAGGAGCAGAAACAAAAGGAAAUAAGGACACACUGAAUCAAUUUUCAGAUAACACCCUAAAGCUAUUAAAGGAGUUAACAAGCAAAAAAUCUCUUCAAGUGCCAAGUAUUUAUUAUCAUUUGCCUCAUUUAUUGCAAAAUGAAGGAAGCCUUCAACCUGCUGUGCAGAUUGGUAAUGGAAGAACAGGAGUUUCAAUAGUAAUGGGAAUUCCCACAGUGAAGAGAGAAGUUAAAUCUUACCUCAUAGAAACGCUUCAUUCCCUUAUUGAUAAUCUGUAUCCUGAAGAGAAGUUGGACUGUGUAAUAGUAGUCUUCAUAGGAGAGACAGAUAUUGAUUAUGUACAUGGUGUUAUAGCCAACCUGGAGAAAGAAUUUUCUAAAGAAAUCAGCUCUGGUUUGGUGGAAAUAAUAUCACCUCCUGCAAGCUAUUAUCCUGACUUGACAAACUUAAAGGAGACAUUUGGAGACUCUAAAGAAAGAGUAAGAUGGAGAACGAAGCAAAACCUAGAUUAUUGUUUUCUAAUGAUGUAUGCUCAAGGAAAGGGCAUAUAUUACAUUCAACUUGAAGAUGAUAUUGUUGUCAAACAGAAUUACUUUAACACGAUAAAAAAUUUUGCCCUUCAACUUUCUUCUGAGGAAUGGAUGAUACUCGAGUUCUCCCAGCUGGGCUUCAUUGGUAAAAUGUUUCAAGCACCAGACCUAACUUUGAUUGUGGAAUUCAUAUUUAUGUUCUAUAAGGAGAAGCCCAUUGAUUGGCUCUUGGACCAUAUUCUGUGGGUGAAAGUCUGCAACCCUGAAAAAGAUGCAAAACAUUGUGAUAGACAGAAAGCAAAUCUGCGAAUUCGCUUCAGACCUUCCCUCUUCCAACAUGUUGGACUGCAUUCUUCACUAACAGGAAAACUUCAAAAACUUACGGAUAAAGAUUACAUGAAACCAUUACUUCUUAAAAUCCAUGUAAACCCACCUGCAGAAGUAUCUACUUCUUUGAAGGUCUACCAAGGUCAUACACUGGAGAAAACAUAUAUGGGGGAGGAUUUCUUCUGGGCUAUAACCCCAACAGCUGGAGACUUCAUCUUGUUUAAAUUUGAUAAGCCAGUCAAUGUAGAAAGUUAUUUGUUCCAUAGUGGCAACCAGGAACAUCCAGGUGACAUCCUGCUAAACACAACUGUGGAAGUUUUGCCUUUUACGAAUGAAGGUUUGGUACUAAGCAAAGAAACCAAAGACAAACGAUUAGAAGAUGGUUAUGUCAGAAUAGGGAAAUUUGAGAACGGUGUUGCUGAAGGAAUGGUGGAUCCCAGCCUAAACCCCAUUGCAGCCUUUCGACUUACAGUUAUUCAGAACUCUGCUGUUUGGGCCAUUCUUAAUGAGAUUCAUAUUAAAAAAGUCGCCAACUGAUCAUCUCCUAAGAAAACAACACAUUUUUUUCCUGUAAAUUUAUUGAUUAAACAUGGUGAAGCAUGUAAUUUUUUUUUUUUUUUUACUUGAACACUACCUCUUGUGAAAUCUACUGUAGAUGAUUGUCAUUUCCACUCGGAAAGUGAAUCGCCCAUGGAUAAUUGUAUUCAUUUGAACCUAAGCUGUCCUCCAAUUUUAACUUGACCCAAACAUUUUACAGUUACAACAGCCUGUUAAUAUGACUUGUACUAUUUUGGUAUUAUACUAAUACAUAAGAGUUGUACAUAUUGUUACAUUCCUUACGUUUGAGAAAAACUAAUGUUAAAAACAUUUUAUGAAGGGGGUACUUUUGAAAUUCAUUUAUUUUACUAUUAUAGACCCUCUUUUAUAGAUUAUCAGGGAUUAUAUAUAUAUAUAUAUAUAUAUAUAAAUAUACAUGAAAAUGUUAUGGAGUUAAUUUAUUAGAAACACUUAAAAAGUACGUAUUUUUGUGCAGUAAAUUUUUGAAUCAAUACUUUUUUUGAAAACCAAUUACCUUGCUUUUUUAAGUUCUUUCUAUAUUUUUCUUUGGAAAUGCAGACAUUACAAAUUAAUGCCAUUUUUCAAAUUGCACUGCCAUUUAAGAGUGAUUCUAGAUUGAUUUCCUAAAUGAAGUACUUUUUUACAGUAGUCCCCCCCCACACACCUGUGGUUUCGCUUUACACAGUUUUAGUUACCCACAGUCAGCUGUGGUCCAAAAAUACUAAGUGGAAAAUUCCAGAAAUAAACAAUUCAUAAGUUUUAAAUUGCA